AUGGCCACGACCCAGCUUGCGUUCCGCACUCCUAAGAGUAUCGAAAUCCUCAAUGCUGCUCCUGCGUACGAGAGACUGCCUGGGUUCGCCAAACCAGAGGGCAAUCUGCGGUGCUGCACCUAUUCACCCUGCGGCAGAUACUUCGCCUGGGCAUCGCCUGAACAGGUCUCAAUUAUCGACGCCGACUCAGGCUCAGUCAUCUCGACCCUCCCCGCCGAGAACGUCUACGAACUUGGCUUCUCCCCGCUCGGCACCUACGUGAUCACUUGGCAGCGACCCUCCAAAGAUGAAAAUGGCGAUGCAACCAAGAACCUGAAAGUAUGGCUGGUCAUCGACAACAAGGCAAUCUCAGAGGGCGUCGAGAAAGAGACCGUCGGCAAGUUCGUGCAGAAAUCCCAGACGGGCUGGAAUCUGCAGUAUACUUUUGACGAGAAGUUCUGUGCGAGGGUGGUCACGAAUGAGGUCCAGAUCUACGAGAGUCAUGAUUUGGGCAAGGUGUGGAACAAGUUGCGUGUAGAGGGUGUCACUGAGUUUGCCAUCUCUCCUGGAGAGCAUCACUCGAUCGCUGUCUUCAUUCCGGAGCGGAAGGGUCAACCGGCUGCCGUCCGCAUCUACAACGUCCCCGAGUUCACCACGCCCGUCUCGCAGAAGAACUUCUUCAAGGGUGACAAAGUACAGCUGAAAUGGAACGACAACGGCACCUCGCUCCUGGUUCUGGCCCAGACUGAGGUCGACAAGACGGGAAAAAGCUACUACGGAGAGACGACUCUGUACCUGCUGAGCGCGAAUGGCGGCUUUGACUCCCGCAUCGAUCUCGACAAAGAAGGUCCGGUCCACGAUGUCUCUUGGUCGCCCAAGUCUACCAGCUUUGCCGUCGUGUACGGGUACAUGCCGGCCAAGACCGUCAUCUUUAACAAUCGCGCGCAAGCAGUCCAUACUUUUGCUCUUGGACCCCGGAAUACUGUUCUUUACUCCCCUCAUGGUCGAUUCAUCCUGGUUGCCGGCUUUGGAAACUUGGCUGGUCAGAUGGAUAUCUACGACCUUGAGAAGGACAUGAACAAGAUCUGCACUAUUGAAGCGAGCAACGCCAGUGUUUGCGAAUGGUCCCCGGACGGGCUGCACAUUCUUACCGCCACCACCUCUCCUCGUCUACGAGUCGAUAACGGAGUCCGCAUCUGGCACGCCGGGGGCCCGCUCAUGUACAACGAGGAGUUCAGUGAGCUGUAUCACGUUACUUGGCGGCCACAACCUACUUCCGCCCACCCUGUGGCCUCGAAUCCAUUCUCUCCCAUUCCGGCACCGCAACCCAGUGCGCUGCAAUACAUGGGUGCCAAGAAGACUCCUAGCAAGCCAGUGGGAGCCUACCGCCCACCAGGAGCUCGUGGCUCAGUCACGCCACUCUCAUUCAAGCGCGAAGACGAAGGCGGCGCCGCUCAUGUCCGUGGCGACCCUGCAUCAUAUUCGCACCCCGUCAACGGCUUCGGCAAGGGACGCGGUCGCACCGUGCCCGGCGCCGAGCCUGCCGAGGAUCACAAGCCGCUUCCUCCCGGUGCUGCUCCUGGCGGCGGAGUGAGCCUGACUGGGACAGGAGAAGGUGCCGACGGCGAAAUGUCCAAAGCGGCCAAGAAGAACGCGAAGAAGCGCGAGGCGAAGAAAGCUGCUGCAGCAGCUGCAAAGGAGCAACCUACGAACAACGCACUUGCACCGGACGACAAACGCAGUCGCAACCGAAGCAGAUCGCGCAGCGGGAGCCACAGUCCCAAUAGAGCUGGGGAGUGGGGUCCUAGCAAGGAUGGUCAGAGGAGUCGCAGUAAAGGCUAUCAACCGCCACGCGAGGGUGGUAAUGGCAAAGAGCGACGAGAACGCAGCAGGAGUAAUGUGCGGAGGAAUCGCGGAGAGUCGAAUGUGAACGGUAGUGGCGUACCUCACCGCGAACGACAGUCACAGUACACAGAUGUCCGACGAGAACAACCGAACGGCUCGACCAACCACCAAAAUCACCAACAACCAACACCUCAGCAUCCGCCGGGCCUACCCCGACCCAAAGCAUCCGCCCCGGCACCAAUCGAUACAAAGACACUAAUCCCACCACCAAUCCCGCAAACCGAAGCGCCAGAAAUCGACAUCACAUUACCCACACCAACGACGCCAGGAGGCGGUGCUAACAGCACCGAGAAGAAAGUUAGGGGCUUGUUGAAAAAGAUCCGGGCGAUUGACGAUCUGAAGAUGCGGCUGGCGGGCGGGGAGAAGCUGGAGGACACGCAGAUGCGGAAGAUUGAGAGCGAGGACAGUGUCAGGGGGGAGUUGAAGAGUCUGGGCCAGGGCUGA